AUGUCAUGUCUACAGAUGAGCCCAGAGGACUACAGGGAACAUUCCUACGUGUGCAGGCCGGAGGAGGUCGAUAUUGAUGUAAGUUCAACGCCCCACCAUACUACUACUGUACUACUAUACUACUAUCCUCUGUAGCUCAGCUGGUAGAGCACGGCGCUUGUAACGCCAAGGUAGUGGGUUCGAUCUCCGGGACCACCCAUACACCAAAAAAAAUGUAUGCACGCAUGACUGUAAGUCGCUUUGGAUAAAAGCGUCUGCUAAAUGGCAUAUUAUUAUAGACCUGGUACAGCGUUUGUAUAGUUACAUUUUAGUCAUUUAGCAGACGCUCUUAUCCAGAGCGACUUACAGGAGCAAUUAGGGUUAAGUGCCUUGCUCAAGGGCACAUCGACAGAUUUUUCACCUAGUCGGCUCGGGGAUUAGAACCAGCGACCUUUCGGUUACUGGCACAACGCUCUUAACCACUAAGCUACCUUCCCCCUGUGUUGUUGUCUCUAGAAAGAUAACCGGGUUAUCUGAUCUAAUGAUCCAUAAUGAUGUUUGUCCUCAGGCCAAGCUGAGCAGGUUGUGUGAACAGGACAAGGUUGUGAGGACACACGAAGACAAGGUACAGCAGCUACACAGAGAGAAGGUAAAGGAUCAGUCUACAAUACAGUAUCUAUUCACCACAUACUGUAUUCAACACAAUAAGUGUGCCCAAUAUAUAAACUCAGCAAAAAAAGAAACGUCCCUUUUUCAGGACCCUGUCUUUCAAAGAUAAUUCGUAAAAUUCCAAAUAACUUCACAGAUCUUCAUUGUAAAGGGUUUAAACACUGUUUCCCAUGCUUGUUCAAUGAGCCAUAAACAAUUAAUGAACAUGCACCUGUGGAACGGUCGUUAAGACACUAACAGCUUACAGACGGUAGGUAAUUAAGGUCACAGUUAUGAAAACUUAGGACACUAAAGAGGCCUUUCUACUGACUCUGAAAAACACCAAAAGAAAGAUGCCCAGGGUCCCUGCUCAUCUGCGUGAACAUGCCUUAGGAUGCUGCAAGUUGGCAUGAGGACUGCAGAUGUGGCCAGGGCAAUAAAUUGCAAUGUCCAUAGUAUGAGACACCUAAGACAGUGCUACAGGGAGACAGGACGGACAGCUGAUCGUCCUUGCAGUGGCAGACCACGUGUAACAACACCUGCACAGGAUCGGUACAUCCGAACAUCACACCUGUGGGACAGGUACAGGAUGGCAACAACAACUGCCCGAGUUACACCAGGAACGCACAAUCCCUCCAUCAGUGCUCAGACUGUCCUCAAUAGGCUGAGAGAGGCUGGACUGAGGGCUUGUAGGCCUGUUGUAAGGCAGGUCCUCACCAGACAUCACCGGCAACAACGUCGCCUAUGGGCACAAACCCACCAUCGCUGGACCAGACAGGACUGGCAAAAAGUGCUCUUCACUGACGAGUCGCGGUUUUGUCUCAGCAGGGGUGAUGGUCGGAUUCGCGUUCAUCUUCGAAGGAAUGAGCGUUACACUGAGGCCAGUACUCUGGAGUGGGAUCUCAACGCUGUGCGUUACAGGGAAGACAUCCUCCUCCCUCAUCUGGUACCCUUCCUGCAGGCUCAUCCUGACAUGACCCUCCAGCAUGACAAUGCCACCAGCCAUACUGCUCGUUCUGUGCGUGAUUUCCUGCAAGACAGGAAUGUCAGUGUUCUGCUAUGGCCAGCGAAGAGCCCGGAUCUCAAUCCCAUUGAGCACGUCUGGGACCUGUUGGAUCGGAGGGUGAGGGCUAGGGCCAUUCCCCCCCAGAAAUGUCUGGGAACUUGCAGGUGCCUUGGUGGAAGAGUGGAGUAACAUCUCCCAGCAAGAACUGGCAAAUCUGGUGCAGUCCAUGAGGAGGAGAUGCACUGCAGUACUUAAUGCAGCUGGUGGCCACACCAGAUACUGACUGUUACUUUUGAUUUUGACCCCCCCCCCCCCCCCCCCCGUUCAGGGACACAUUAUUCCAUUUCACAUGUCUGUGGAACUUGUUCAGUUUAUGUCUCAGUUGUUGAAUCUUGUUAUGUUCAUACAAGUAUUUACACGUGUUAAAUUUGCUGAAAAUAAACGCAGUUGACAGGAAGAGGACGUUUCUUAUUUAGCUGAGUUUAGCUGUUAGAAAGCUACUGGCUACUUGGCGAUUUUUGUCAACAUGUCAUGACACCUAUCACCUAUCAAAGCGGUUGGAAAAUUACACGGACAAUUACACUGCCUUGUCACUUGACAUUCAGAGAUACAAGAUGUCAUGUUUAUUAUGACACUGUGUUACAGUGCUAUAGUAAAGUUUUCUAAUAUCUAAUGGCGGACCCCUCUGCAGCACACCCUGGAGACGGCCCUGCUGUCGGCCAGUCAAGAGAUAGAGAUGGGUGCUGAUAACCCAGCAGCCGUACACAGUGUUAUCCAGCAGAGAGACGUGCUGCAAAGUGGCCUGCUCAGCACCUGUAGAGAACUGUCACGAGUCAACACUGUGAGUUAAUACAUUUAUCCACUCUAAACGCAGAUACACACGCACACACACACACACACACACACACACACACACACACACACACAAACACACGUGAGCACACACGCACGCACACAUACACACACACUGAAAUAUUACCAGAGAGGAGAGUUAGUGAACUCUCUUCCUGUCCCCCAGGAGUUGGAGCGGUCGUGGAGGGAGUAUGAGAAGAUGGAGGGAGACGUCUCAUUGGCCAAGAACAACCUGCUGGAUCAGCUAGAGGCCCUGGGGAGCCCUCAGGUAAACCACAACAACCCCCACCUUACUCUGCCUUACUGUGGGAGUGUGUAGAUUAUGAAGAAUAGAGGUCCCAGCACCGAGCCCUGGGGAACACCCUGUGGAACUUUGUUAGUGUCAGAUGUGUAGCCGUCGAGAGAGAUGAAUGGUUUCCUGUUAGUCAGGUCAUUCUACUCCCGUCCAUCCAUUCCUGUAGUUCUUACUCCCUCUCAAUUUGACCCCAUCAAUCCAUCCAUCCAUCCAUCCAUCCAUCCAUCCAUCCAUCCAUCCAUCCAUCCAUCCAUCCAUCCAUAUUAGCUGAUGGAGGUGUAAUAACAUCAAUGGGGAAAUAGAGCUGUAAGGCAGCCAGGUGAUUAAUAACCACGUUGUGAGAAGGGGGCCCCGGGGGGGUUUUUUUUUUUUUUUGCUUCUUUUUUGGGGGGGGGCCGAAGUUUGGGGGAAGGGCCCAAACAGGGAAGGGAAAAAAAAAGGGGGGGGGGGGGUUUGGGGGGGUUUGGGGUUUCUUGAAAAAAAAAAAAACCCCCAGGUUUUUCUGGGGGGAAAGAACAAGGUUAAUCCGGGGUUAAAAUUUGAAGGAAAAAAAAACGGGUUACCUUUCCUUUUAAAUUAAUGUUUUCCCUCAGUCAGAGCCCCAAAAGAUUUAAAUAAUAGGCAAAAAAAGAAAAGAAGGGGGGAUGGAUGAGGGAGAAAAAGCAUUAUUGGAAAGGACCAACAAAACCACCACCACCCAAAAACCGGGCCGUAUCCCCGGGGGUGUCUUAUUUUCCCCUGCCUUUUCUCCCUUUUCCCCCCGGGGGCCCAGCGGCUUUCACUCGUUAUUUUUUUUUUGAGAGAAAAGGAUAAAUUUGUAUUUUUUUUUCCCCCUUUCCCCCAAGGGGGAGAGGAAAAAGGAGAGGGGAAGGGGAAAAGGGGGGGGGGAGGGGGAGAGAAAAGGGAGGAAGGAGAGGGGAGAAAGGGAGAAGGAAGAAAAAAAAAGCAAAAAGAGGAGGAAAAAAAAAAAAGAAAGGGAGAGAGAAAAGAAGGAAGGGAGAAGGAAGGGGAAAAAGGGAGAAGGGAGGAAAGAGAGAGUAGGAGGGAGGAAAGGGGGAAGGGGAAAAGGGGGAAAAAAAAGGGGGGGGGGAAAAAAAAGAGAAAAAAAAGGGAGGGGGAAAGGGGAGAAAGGGGGGGGAGGGAAGAGAAAAAAAAAAAGGAAAAAAAAAGGGGGAGGGGAGGAAAAAAGGGAAAAAAUUUUUUUUCCCCCCGGGGGGGGGGCCCGGGGGGAACCCAGGGGGCGGCAGGGGGGGGGGGGCCCCGAGGGAAGGGGAGGGGGGGAGGGGGGGCGGGGGCGGGGGGGGGGGGGGGGCCCCAAAACAGGGGGGGGGGGGGCCCGGGGGGGGAAGGGGGGGAAAGGGGAAGACCCCCGGGGGGGGAGGAAAAAAGGGGAGAAGGCGGCGGGAGGGCGGAAGAGGGCCCCCCCCCCCGUUCCCAAACCCCCAGUCCCCCCCCCCCGCCCGCCCAAAACCCCCCCCCCCCCACCCCCGGGGGGGGCGGCCGCCCCCGGCGGGCCCGGCCCGGGACCGGGGUCGAAGGGGAAAACGGGGGGGAAAAAAAGGGGGCCCAAGGGGGCACAAGGGGAGCGGCCAGGGGGGGAAAAGGACCGAGAAAAAAAAAAGCAACCCCCGGGAAAACCAAAACCCCCCCCCUUUUUUUUGGACCCCAAAAAAGGGGUUUUUUUCCCCCAAAUUUUUUUUUGGGGGGAAAUAAAAAAAAAAGGGGGCCCCCCGAAAACCCCCAAAAGGGGAAAAAAAGGGGGAAAAAAAGCGCCAAGUAAUGGAAAAAAACGGGUUUUUUUUUCUUCUUUUUUCAACACCCCCCACCCCCCUUCCCCCCUUUUUUGUAACGCGGGCGGCGGGGGGGGGGGAAAAGGGCGGCAGGGGGCCGGGGAAAAAAAGGGGCCGAGGGGGGGCGGCCCCCGAGGCAAAAGCGGGGCGAGGGGGGGGAAAAGGGGCGGGGCGCCGCGGGCGGGGCGGGGCCCGGGGGGGGGGGGGGACCCCCAGGGAGCGAAAGGGCGGGGAACGGGGGGGAAAGGGGUGGGGAAAAAAAAAGGGAAAAGCCAAACAACCGAAGGGAGGGGAGAGAAAAGGGGCCAAAAAAAGGGAAAAGGGGGGGAAAAAAAGAAGAGGGAAGGCGAGCAAAAGAGAGAGAGAGAGAGCAGAGUUUUCCCCCGCUUCUUUUCCUCUUCCUUAAACCACUCUCUCUCUUCUCUCUCUCUCUUCCUUCCUCUCCUCUUUCUCUAGCUAAAUCUCUUUUCCCCCCCCCAAACCUCCCGGGGGGGGCGGGGGGUCAAGGCACUGAAUUUCUCAGUUCCCUAGAGGCGUCACUACAGCCCCGGGGUUCGAUUCCGGGUUUUUUUAAUCAAACCCCCGGCUGUAAAUUGGGAAAGUCCAAAGGGGCGGCGCAAAAUUUGGGGCCUAGCGUGUCCGGGUUUUGGCCCGGGGAAAAGGACCUUUCUUUGUAAAUAAAAAUUUGUUUUAACUGCCUAUUUAAAUUUUUAAACCCCCCCUCCCCCUUUUUCCUUUUCCUAAAUUUUAAAAGGAUUUUCUUCUAAAUUUAAAUUUUAGGGCUUUUCUCUCUCUCUCAAUUCAAUUUUAGGGCUUUUCUCUCUCUCUCAAUUCAAUUUUAGGGCUUUUCCCUCUCUCUCUCUCUCUCUCUCUCUCUCUCUCUCUGUCGUUGGCUUUUAUCACCUUUCCUGCUUUUUCUUUCAAAUGUUCUUUCUCUUUCUGUCCAAUGUACAUGGUAAAUUUACAAUCUGCGUGUGUGUGUGUGUGUCUGUUCUUGUGUGUGUUCAGACGGAGCCCCCCAGCCAGCAGCAUGUCCACAUCCAGAAGGAGCUGUGGAGGAUCCAGGAUGUAAUGGAGGCCCUCAAUAAGAACAAGGCCCAGAGACACGCAGACACACAGGGAUACUACGGCUCUACACCCAUCUCCAACAAACACAAGAGUGAGGUGAGGACCAGACAAAUGCUAGCAAGCACGCACACGGAUGGACAGACAGGCACGCGCACACACGCACACACACACACACACCACACACACACACGUCGACUAGACUUCCUGGUAGUACAGUAUGUAGAUGGUUACAGUAUCUCACAAAAGUGAGUACACCCCUCACAUUUUUGUAAAUAUUUGAAUAUAUCUUUUCAUGUGACAACACUGAAGAAAUGACACUUUGCUACUAUGUAAAGUAGUGAGUGUACAGCUUGUGUAACAGUGUAAAUUUGCUGUCCCCUCAAAAUAACACAACACACAGCCAUUAAUGUCUAAACCGCUGGCAACAAAAGUUUGUACACCCCUAAGUGAAAAUGUCAAAAUUGGGCCCAAAGUGUCAAUAUUUUGUGUGGCCACCAUCAUUUUCCAGCCCUGCCUUAACCCUCUUGGCCAUGGAGUUCACCAGAGCUUCACAGGUUGCCACUGGAGUCCUCUUCCACUCCUCCAUGACGACAUCACGGAGCUGGUGGAUGUUAGAGACCUUGCACUCCUCCACCUUCCGUUUGAGGAUGCCCCACAGAUGCUCAAUAGGGUUUAGGUCUGGAGACAUGCUUGGCCAGUCCAUCACCUUUACCCUCAGCUUCUUUAGCAAGGCAGUGGUCGUCUUGGAGGUGUGUUUGGGAUCGUUAUCAUGGUGGAAUACUGCCCUGCGGCCCAGUCUCCGAAGGGAGGGGAUCAUGCUCUGCUUCAGUAUGUCACAGUACAUGUUGGCAUUCAUGGUUCCCUCAAUGAACUGUAGCUCCCCAGUGCCGGCAGCACUCAUGCAGCCCCAGACCAUAACACUCCCACCACCAUGCUUGACUGUAGGCAAGACACACUUGUCUUUGUACUCCUCACCUGGUUGCCGCCACACACGCUUGACACCAUCUGAACCAAAUAAGUGUAUCUUGGUCUCAUCAGACCACAGGACAUGAUUCCAGUAAUCCAUGUCCUUAGUCUGCUUGUCUUCAGCAAACUGUUUGCGGGCUUUCUUGUGCAUCAUCUUUAGAAGAGGCUUCCUUCUGGGACGACAGCCAUGCAGACCAAUUUGAUGCAGUGUGCGGCGUAUGGUCUGAGCACUGACAGGCUGACCCCCCCCCACCCCUUCAACCUCUACAGCAAUGCUGGCAGCACUCAUACGUCUAUUUCCCAAAGACAACCUCUGGAUAUGACGCUGAGCACGUGCACUCAACUCCUUUGGUCGACCAUGGCGAGGCCUGUUCUGAGUGGAACCUGUCCUGUUAAACCGCUGUAUGGUCUUGGCCACCGUGCUGCAGCUCAGUUUCAGGGUCUUGGCAAUCUUCUUAUAGCCCAGGCCAUCUUUAUGUAGAGCAACAAUUCUUUUUUUCAGAUCCUCAGAGAGUUCUUUGCCAUGAGGUGCCACGUUGAACUUCCAGUGACCAGUAUGAGGGAGUGUGAGAGCGAUGACACCAAAUUUAACACACCUGCUCCCCAUUCACACCUGAGACCUUGUAACACUAACGAGUCACAUGACACCGGGGAGGGAAAAUGGCUAAUUGGGCCCUAAUUUGGGCAUUUUCACUUAGGGGUGUACUCAAUUUUGUUGCCAGCGGUUUAGACAUUAAUGGCUGUGUUUUGAGUUAUUUUGAGGGGACAGCAAAUUUACACUGUUACACAAGCUGUACACUCACUACUUUACAUUGUAGCAAAGUGUCAUUUCGUCAGUGUUGUCACAUGAAAAGAUAUACUCAAAUAUUUACAAAAAUGUGAGGGGUGUACUCACUUUUGUGAGAUACUGUAUAUUCAGCAGCCAUAGAGGAGGGUUGGACUCUGUGUAAAGCCCUAUUGUUGCUCUGCUCUGCUGUGUGACUGGAUGUGUCAGUCAUUGACUCUGUCCCUACUGUGACUCUGUCUAUAACAGGGCUGGCUAGUAGUUACCCCUGUCUAUAACAGGGCUGGCUAGCAGUUACCCCUGUCUAUAACAGGGCUGGCUAGUAGUUACCCCUGUCUAGAACAGGGCUGGCUAGUAGUUACCCCUGUCUAUAACAGGGCUGGCUAGCAGUUACCCCUGUCUAUAACAGGGCUGGCUAGCAGUUACCCCUGGGUGUGUACCCGUACCUCACUGGGGGUCAUAAUCAGGACAGGCGGGACGGGGCUCAUGUGUCAACUACCCUAUCCUGUGGACUCUCUCUCUCUCGCUCGGCGCUCGCUCUCGGCUCUCUCUCGCGUCGCUCGAUCCAAACAGCGAAGAUCUACCGAACUAGCUUCUACUCUCGUACCCCACGAGCUCAAGCUUCUCUCUUCUACCCAGCUAUCUCAAAUCUCCUCUCUACCCCUCCAUCUAUCUCAAUCUCUCUCUCUACCCCUCCAUCUAUCUCAAUCUCUCUCUCUCUCUACCCCAUCUAUCUCAAACUCUCUCUCUCUCUCUCUACCCAUCAAUCUCUUCUCUACCCACUAUCUCAAUCUCUGUCUCUACCCCAUCUAUCUAAUUUGUCUCAUAUCAAUCCCCCCCCCCACCCCCCUUCUCUCUCCCCUCCAUCUAGCUCAAUCAUUUUUAUCUGUUCGACAGGGGUGUGUUUGUCUUUCGUCAAAUUUUCUUAACUGUGACAAAUGAUGAUGGAAACUGUGUUUUUCAGAUAAAUGAUGAUUGCCAUGAUGUUAUCACGUAGGCUAACUAUAAAGCUCCACUCCACAUUUCAUUCUAAAUGUCGACCGCUUUGCAGAAUCAAUUUAUUCAACUAUAAAAAAUAAUGUUUAUUUGCAGGACAAAGAUUGUCCUGACUUUCAAGAAUGCCUGAAUUGCAUCGCCUUGCUUUUCUGGUCGGCUGGAUGCAAGUUUCACCAUCCAAUUAUUUCAGAUCUACAGGAGUGCAAGUUACACCAUGACACGGACCGUGAUAAUGACUAGAAUAUGGCAAAUAUUAGUCUAGUCUAUAUAUUAUCCAUGCUGGGUUUUGUGGGCUACUUCAGACAUGAAACACAGGUGGAAAGGGCAAACAGGCCAAUUUAUUAUUGUGCAAAUUGGCUAAAUGGAUAAUCGAAACACUUAAACCACAUCAUUUUUAUUCGACAUUCUAGUUUUUUUGUGAAAAGGUUUUAUUUUUUAAGGUGUGACAUCAUUACAUCCAGCUGUUUUUAUUGACAACAAGACAGUUAAUUGGAAACGCACCAUAGCAGGAAAUUGUUCCAUCUAUUAUCUGGGCGAACUUUCUAAAUGUCAACAAAAUAUCACUGGACAAGUUAAUGGAAACAUAGCUAAUGAGUACAACCUGUAUAAAUAAAGUUGUAAUUGUAAAGAAAGGUUCAGGCAGGCAGCUUAAUUCUCUUCAAACAUUUUAUUGCUGCCCCAUUUCUGAGACAAGCUCCUUUGUCAAAGCAAUGUUGUGUAAAUAAAGGUUGAAUAACAUCUCUAGGAGGAGGUGGAGGACCUCUCAGCACCCCCGAGGCCACCCUUACCACAGGCCUACGAGCCCAACCCCCCUGCUGUACCCCCCCUUCCCUCUCGUGUUACCUCCAGUGGGCGACCGCCACCACCCCGGGGUCCAGAGGACAGGGACAGGAAGGCUGGCCAGAGGAACGGAACACACAGCGUAAGCUGUUGACCUCUGACUAAUGGCACCAUGACUCAACCCUGCGCUGUCAUCCCUCAUCAUUGCCUGAGCCCUCUUGAUUUAUUUCAGUGUAAUUUUGGUGGACAUAUUUUGGGAUUAUUUUCAGUUUUCCUCAUCAUAUUGUUUUUCUUUACCUUCUUGCUUUGUGAAUCAUCCAGAUGUCCACUUUUUCAAUUUACUAUUUCAAUAUCAUUUUGGUGGACUUGUGGGGUUUCCUUUUUGAUUAUUUUGAGUUUUCCCUGGAUCCUUCCUCGUCAUCCAUGUGGAUGUAUUCUUUUGGUAAUGUAUUUUUUCCCUCAUCAUAAGGACCAUCCUGUGUUUGCUGCUGCUGAUCAUCAUCCAUCUGAUAUUAGUUCAGCUUGCUUUGGGAAUCAUCCACAUUUGUGUUUGUUUGUUUUGUUUGUGUUGAUUGGUUUCUGUCUUUUUGGAGGUUAUUUCAGUUCACUUGACUGGUUUUGUUUGUAUUUAUACGGUUGGUUGGUUUGUUGUCCUCUCAUUUUGAGCUUAGUGAAACGUUAUGAAUACUACUGUCCAUUUCCUUUGCAGAUCAUUGACAUUUGUCUUUUUGAUUUAAAGUUAUCAGCAUGUCUUCACUGUGAAUCAUUCCUUUACCCAUACUCUCAUGUCAGUGUGUACUGAGAUCUCUUUCCUCAUGUAUCAGUAAGUAUACUGACCUCUCUCCUCUCCUCCUCUAAGGUCCUGAUCUCUCUCUCCUCUCCUCCUGUAAGGACCUCUCUCUUCUCCCCAUGUAGGGUCCUGAUCUCUCUCUCUCUCUCACCCAUGUAAGGUCCUGAUCAUCUCCCUCUCCACCUGUAGGGUCAGGGAUCUUCUCUCUCUCUCUCAUCUACCCUGUAGGGUCCGAUUCUCUCCUCUACACCUGUAAGUUGAUAUCUCCUUAAUCUACCUGUAGGGUGCCUGAUCUCUCUCUCUCUCUCUCCUCUCCCGUGGUAGGGUCCUGAUUCUCUCUCUCUCUCUCCUCCCUGUAGGGUCUGAUCUCUCUCUCUCUCUCUCUCCUCUUCUUCCCUGUAGCGUCUGAUCUCCUCUCUUCUACUCUCCUACCUUAAGGUCCUGACCUCUCUCUCCUCUCACCAUGUAGGCGUUCAGCUCUUCCCCCCCCUGUAGGGUUCCUGAUCUAUCUCUCUUCUCCUUCCCCCUCUUGUAGGGUCCUGAUCUCUCUCCUCUCCCCCUGUAAGGUCCUGAUCUCUCUCUCCAUCCUUCCCCCUGUAGGGUCCUGAUCCUCUCUCUCUCCUCCUUUCUCUCCCUGUAGGGUCCUGAUCUCUCUCUCUCUAUACCUCCCCCCUGUAAGGUCCCUGACUCUCUCGCCUCCUUCCCCCUGUAGGGUCCUGAUCUCCUCUUCUUCCUCGCUCCCCCCUGUAGGGUCCUGAAUCUCUCUCUCUCUCCUCUCCCCCUGUAGGGUUCCUGGAUCUUCUCUCCUCUCCCCCUGUAAGGUCCUGAUCUCUCUCUCUCCCUCUGCCCCUGUAGGGUCCUGAUCUCUCUCUCUCUCCUCUCCCCCUGUAGGGUCCUGAUCUCUCUCCUCUCCCCCUGUAAGGUCCUGAUCUCUCUCUAUCUCCUCUCCCCCUGUAGGGUCCUGAUCUCUCUCUCUCUCCUCUCACCCUGUAGGGUCCUGAUCUCUCUCUCUCUCCUCUCUCCCUGUAGGGUCCUGAUCUCUCUCUCUCUCUCUCCUCCCCCUGUAGCGUCCUGAUCUCUCUCUCUCCUCUCCUCCUGUAAGGUCCUGACCUCUGUCUCCUCUCCCCCUGUAGGGUCCUGAUCUCUCUCUCCUCUCCCCCUGUAGCAUCCUGAUCUCUCUCCUCUCCCCCUGUAGCGUCCUGAUCUCUCUCUCUCCUCUCCUCCUGUAAGGUCCUGACCUCUGUCUCCUCUCUCCCUGUAGGGUCCUGACUACAGGCUGUAUAAGAGUGAACCAGAGUUGACCACCGUUACAGAGGUGGAUGAAACCAACGGAGAGGACAGAUCAGAACAGUCUGACAGAGACCCAGCGAACACCAAAGGUACACACACACAGACACACACACACACGCACACACACACACACACACACACACACACACACACACACACACUGAGACCAGAGACCCUUCAAACACCAAAGAUAAAUUACACGCAUCAAAAAUAAUGGAUCACUGGGUGAAGGUGCUACGUUACAUCAGCUUGCUGCUCUCAGUUUGAAAAUAGCCACACUAUUGUACAGCUAAUAACAAGAUCAUUGGUUUUAUACCAAUUUUCUGUAUAAAAUAUAUGUAAUCAGAGCAUAAAUGUCUCAAUUUGAAUUUUCUUGAAAAGCUGAGAGCGCUAUUAUAUGAUACAAUAUCAGUACUUGUUGCAUUUACAACUUGUCUAAGUCCUAUCAUCUACUGAUUUGAGACAGUGUAUGGCUGUGGAUUGACUGCAUUGUUUGAAUGUAAUGUUGUCAUAUUGUCAGUUAAUUAGAAAAAUUGAUGGGAUCAUUCCUUUAAAAUGGUCUAGCUAGCUAGCUAACAAACAUACAGUGCAGAUACAUUCUUAAAAGUCAUUAUUUUACACAAUAUGUUAUCACAGCACUGGCAAACCAUGGUUGACCAACUCCCUGACCAAAAUGGCUGACCUUUUAUCCCAUCAUAAGAAGGUUCAUGUCCAUUCUAGUAUUCUAAUUCCUAAUUAUAUGUGUAGAAGAAUCUCAUCUCUCACAGACAGACCUGCGAGUCUCACUGUUACCACGAUAACGGCCCGCCCUUUAAAGGGUCAGCUGAAAAUGUUUGUCUCACCUGACUCCAACAUCUGAGGGUACUGUGUACUUGAUUGACCAGGGAACACCCCAAAAACCUUUUGUUUAUGAACUUUUAGUCAUUUCUUAUCAUAAAAACACUCCUCCUCAAAAUAUUUCAAUUGUGCUCCUAAAUGUAUUUGUGUGCUCCUACAUGAUUGGUUUCUGUCUUUUUGGAGGUUAUUUCAGUUCACUUGACUGCUUUUGUUUUGUAUUUAUACGGUUGGUUGGUUUGUUGUCCUCUCAUUUUGAGCUUAGUGAAACGUUAUGAAUACUACUGUCCAUUUCCUUUGCAGAUCAUGGACAUUUGUCUUUUUGAUUUAAAGUUAUCAGCAUGUCUUCACUGUGAAUCAUUCCUUUACCCAUACUCUCAUUGUGCUCCUAAAUGUAUUUGUGCGCUCCUACAUUUUUCAAACUUUGACAGUCGCAUAAAUAUAUUCAGCUGUGUGUCACAAUUGCAACAACUGUGUGACUUGGUUACGGAACGUUAGUUAUUUCUAACUGGACGCUCUGCUACCCCUUCUGUUCUCCCUCCAGGAAUGUCGUACCCCGUUGGCAUCGUUCCCCCCAGAACCAAAUCUCCCAACAUGCCAGAGUCUUCCAGCAUCACCUCCUACGUCACCCUGAGGAGGGGAGGGAGGCCAGACCCGCGCAUGGUGAGUACGUCCAUGACAUGUGUGGACAUCAAUAUAGUUUAUGAAGUGGAUAUUAGAUCAGUAUAUCCAAGGGCUAAGUGGAAUUGGUUAAUGGGUGAUUGUAGAGAACCACAAUGGAAACUACUACACUACUGAGAGUGCAAGAGGUAAUGAAUUCAUAAUACAGAAUGGCAGGCUGGUAAACAGCCAAUACAGUAGGUGGUGGCAAUACACUAAUAGGUUGUAGUCUGCCAUAAAACCUUCAAGAAGAAGAAGAAGGCGCAAGAGAAAAUAAUAACUAUUUGAUGCUGUGUGUGACUGCUGUUGCCUCCCGAGUGGCGCAGUGGUCUAAGGCAGUGGCUGUGCCACUAGAGAUCCUGGUUCGAAUCCAGGCUCUGUUGUAGCCGGCCGCGACCGGGAGACGCAUGGGGCGGCGCACAAUUGGCCCAGGGUAGGGGAUGGAAUGGCCGGCAGGGAUGUGGCUCAGUUGGUAGAGCAUGGCAUUUGCCAGGGUUGUGGAUUUGAUUCCCACGGGGGGCCAGUAUGAAAAAAAUGUAUGCACUCACUAACUGUAAGUCACUCUGGAUAAGAGUGUCUGCUAAAUGACUCAAAUGUUUUAAAAAAUGAAAAUGUAUCAGCCGUGUCUAUGUGUUUGACUAAAACUGGCUCUCCUUCAACGCCAUGGAGUGCACAGGUAUUACGGUCGCUGACCUCUCAGCACCAAGAGCCUGUCGCUGUUGUUAUUGGUGAUCGUGGUGAUCGUGGUGUUGGCUACCAUAAGUUGUGUAAACAGUGCCUUAUUUUAUGCUGUGUGUCAUGUUUAGGGUGACCACAUUUUUAAAUACCCAAAUGCGGGACAACAGGAUGAUUUUGCGGGACAUUUAGUAGUAGCCCCCCCCCCCCCCCCCCCCCCAUUUGGUGAUGCAGAAAGGAGAGACCAGGUGUGGCCGUUUUAUGGAAAUCAGGGAAUACUUUUGCCAAGGAAACAUUUCUGGUUGGUCUCAGGGAAUGUAAAACAUUUAGGAAGGGAGACUUUUAAAACGGGAUUAAAUGAAGUAGCAGCAAAUAUGUUGAAUGAGCAACUAAUGAGCAUGGAGAACCCCACAAGUUGGAUGAAAUGACCUUUAUUUUUCAGUCUAAUACGGCUAUUUACUUACUUUUGUAGCUCUUCGUCAGAAGCACCCUGUUGUACGUUGUUAGGUCUACUGUCCUCUUCAAGUUUAGCUGGAAUUUAGGCCGAAAGGAUUUGAGAAAUAUGAUUGGUUGACGAUAGGCCUAUGCAGUGCUUAAUUUGUAAAUCGGGAGGUUCCAGAACACAUAGUGAGCGUGAGGGGGGUUAUCCGGGGGGCUCUGAGGAAAAAAGUGACAAACAACGUAGCAGCAUAGAAGACAGAUUAAACAGCCCAGUAGCCUCCUAUCUAUGGUGGUGAAAUGGACAGCACUCUCCCAGUAGUCUACUAUCUAUGGUGGUGAAAUGGACAGCACUCUCCCAGUAGCCUACUAUCUAUGGUGGUGAAAUGGACAGCACUCUCCUAGUAGCCUCCUAUCUAUGGUGGUGAAAUGGACAGCACUCUCCCAGUAGCCUACUAUCUAUGGUGGUGAAAUGGACAGCACUCUCCCAGUAGCCUCCUAUCUAUGGUGGUGAAAUGGACAGCACUCUCCCAGUAGCCUACUAUCUAUGGUGGUGAAAUGGACAGCACUCUCCCAGUAGCCUCCUAUCUAUGGUGGUGAAAUGGACAGCACUCUCCCAGUAGCCUACUAUCUAUGGUGGUGAAAUGGACAGCACUCUCCCAGUAGCCUCCUAUCUAUGGUGGUGAAAUGGACAGCACUCUCCCAGUAGCCUACUAUCUAUGGUGGUGAAAUGGACAGCACUCUCCCAGUAGCCUCCUAUCUAUGGUGGUGAAAUGGACAGCACUCUCCCAGUAGCCUACUAUCUAUGGUGGUGAAAUGGACAGCACUCUCCCAGUAGCCUACUAUCUAUGGUGGUGAAAUGAACAGCACUCUCCCAGUAGCCUACUAUCUAUGGUGGUGAAAUGGACAGCACUCUCCCAGUAGCCUACUAUCUAUGGUGGUGAAAUGGACAGCACUCUCCCAGUAGCCUACUAUCUAUGGUGGUGAAAUGGACAGCACUCUCCCAGUAGCCUACUAUCUAUGGUGGUGAAAUGGACAGCACUCUCCCAGUAGCCUCCUAUCUAUGGUGGUGAAAUGGACAGCACUCUCCCAGUAGCCUACUAUCUAUGGUGGUGAAAUGGACAGCACUCUCCCAGUAGCCUACUAUCUAUGGUGGUGAAAUGGACAGCACUCUCCCAGUAGCCUCCUAUCUAUGGUGGUGAAAUGGACAGCACUCUCCCAGUAGCCUCCUAUCUAUGGUGGUGAAAUAGACAGCACUCUCCCAGUAGCCUACUAUCUAUGGUGGUGAAAUGGACAGCACUCUCCCAGUAGCCUCCUAUCUAUGGUGGUGAAAUGGACAGCACUCUCCCAGUAGCCUCCUAUCUAUGGUGGUGAAAUGGACAGCACUCUCCCAGUAGCCUCCUAUCUAUAGUGGUGAAAUGGACAGCACUCUCCCAGUAGCCUCCUAUCUAUGGUGGUGAAAUGGACAGCACUCUCCCAGUAGCCUCCUAUCUAUGGUGGUGAAAUGGACAGCACUCUCCCAGUAGCCUCCUAUCUAUGGUGGUGAAAUGGACAGCACUCUCCUAGUAGCCUCCUAUCUAUGGUGGUGAAAUGGACAGCACUCUCCCAGUAGCCUACUAUCUAUGGUGGUGAAAUGGACAGCACUCUCCCAGUAGCCUCCUAUCUAUGGUGGUGAAAUGGACAGCACUCUCCCAGUAGCCUACUAUCUAUGGUGGUGAAAUGGACAGCACUCUCCCAGUAGCCUCCUAUCUAUGGUGGUGAAAUGGACAGCACUCUCCCAGUAGCCUACUAUCUAUGGUGGUGAAAUGGACAGCACUCUCCUAGUAGCCUCCUAUCUAUGGUGGUGAAAUGGACAGCACUCUCCCAGUAGCCUACUAUCUAUGGUGGUGAAAUGGACAGCACUCCCCCAGUAGCCUCCUAUCUAUGGUGGUGAAAUGGACAGCACUCUCCCAGUAGCCUACUAUCUAUGGUGGUGAAAUGGACAGCACUCUCCCAGUAGCCUCCUAUCUAUGGUGGUGAAAUGGACAGCACUCUCCCAGUAGCCUCCUAUCUAUGGUGGUGAAAUGGACAGCACUCUCCCAGUAGCCUCCUAUCUUGUCUACAAUGCUUGCUGCCACUAAAUAUGCUUUGGUUCAAAAACCUUUUUUCUUAGGGCUUUUUGUUGUUGUCUUUUUACGUCAGAGGCAGAGGACAUUACUGUACAUUCCACUGUUUCAUCCAUCCAGUCUCUUCUACAACCAACAUUCCUACGUUUUUGCAUGUUGUACAGCCCAGCUUUGAAUUUGAAUUUGAAAGUUUGGACACACCUACUCAUUCCAGGGUUUUUCUUUAUUUUUACUAUUUCCUUCAUUGUAGAAUAAUAGUGAAGACAUCAGAACUAUGAAAUAACACAUAUGGAAUCAUGUAGUAACCAAAAAAAGUGUUAAAACAAAUCUAAAUAUAUUUUAUAUUUGAGAUUCUUCAAAGUAGCCACUCUUUGCCAUGAUGACAGCACACACACACACACACACACACACACACACACACACACACACACACACACACACACACACACACACACACACACACACACACACACACACACACACACACACACACACACACACACACACACACACACUGUGUCUAGGGUGGGACUGUGACUCAUGCUCUCCAACAGGGCUGGAAUUAAAUAAAGCAAACCUUGAUUUAUACACACAGUUCUAAGUACCGAAGCACUCCAGUUAAAACUACUCACCAUGUUAUCAGGCUAGUUGUGGGUGACAGGGUGUGGCUGACUUCUGUCUGUGCCCACUUUCCCUGUGUGCCAGCUGUAUGUGCGUGUGUGUGUGUGCGUGCGUGUGGGUGUGGCGCAUGGGUGUGGUGAGUGUGUGUGUGUGUGUGUGGGUGGUGAGUGUGUGUGUGUGUGUGUGUGUGGGUGUGGUGAGUGUGUGUGGGUGUGUGUGUGGUGAGUGUGUGUGUGUGUGUGUGUGUGUGUGUGUGUGUGUGGUGAGUGUGUGUGUGUGUGUGUGUGUGUGUGUGUGUGUGUGUAUGUGGUGAGUGUGUGUGUGUGUGUAUGUGGUGAGUGAGUGUGUGUGAGUGUGUGUGUGUAUGUGGUGAGUGUGUGUGUGUGUGUAUGUGGUGAGUGUGUGAGUGUGUGUGUGUGUGUGUGUGUGUGUGUGUGUGUGUGUGUGUGUGUGUGUGUGUGUGUGUGUGUGUGUGUGUGUGUGUGUGUGUGUGUGUGUGUGGUGAGUGUGUGAGCUGCUACCCGACAGCACACACACACACUCACCGGUCCCUGUAGGCUGUGGUCUAUUUCAGCCACAUAGCCUGCAGUGCUAGGAGCUACGAGUGUGUCUCAGUCUGUCUCCGUUGGGCCGAGAGGAGACCCAGUGAGUGGUUCUGACAGCAGGCCGUUGGGCCCUCCUCAGGGCCAGGACCCGGUCCAGGGAACACACACACAGCUCAGUCCCUCCAGGCCCCAACCCCUCUAGCACGGAACAGGCCUGGGAGUGAACUUCUCAGAGUUGACAUCAUCAGCCAUUCCUUACCGCAGGAGAUCACAGGCAUUAGCAUCAUCCCUGUGUGUGUGUGUGUGGCAGACGCAGGAUGAGUGUACUGUGACUCUCUCUGUCUCUCUCUAACCAUGUCUCUCCCUCCUUCUCUCCACCCUAUAGGAGCGACCCCAUAGUGCGGUGGAGCAGCUGUGUGGUGGGGCUGUGGAGAAGGAGAGUGGCAGACGCAGGAUGAGUGUACUGUGACUCUCUCUGUCUCUCUCUAACCAUGUCUCUCCCUCUUUCUCUCCAUCCUAUAGGAGCGACCCCAUAGUGUGGUGGAGCAGCUGUGUGGUGGGGCUGUGGAGAAGGAGAGUGGCAGACGCAGGAUGAGUGUACUGUGACUCUCUCUGUCUCUCUCUAACCAUGUCUCUCCCUCUUUCUCUCCAUCCUAUAGGAGCGACCCCAUAGUGCGGUGGAGCAGCUGUGUGGUGGGGCUGUGGAGAAGGAGAGUGGCAGACCCAGGAUGAGUGUAGAGGAGCAGCUGGAGAGGAUCAGGAGACACCAACAGGGGGCGCUAAGAGAGAAGAAGAAAGGGCUUCACAUCCUGGCAGGAAGUAGCUGCAACAGCCAGCAGGACAACGCCACACACAGCCACAGUACCGCGUCAACACCAUCACGCAGCCCCUCGUUCACCAAGGAGAACCCCUUCCGCAGCAUGCAGGUAGGUACACAAAGAGUCACAGGUACAGUGCUGCAGGAUUGGAAACAAUGUAUUAUAUUAAAUACAGUCCAAGUCGGAAGUAGAGUACAUUUCUGAUUUAAACCAUUUUUAAAUUGACUCCAAACCCUGCGGUGCCAAACCUCAGAACAGACACACACAGACGGGUUCACGGAGAUAAAGUGUUGCUGUAUUCCAGCAGAAUCGUCGUCAGCGUGGCGAGGUGAUGAGCAGUGACAUCCUGGAGUUGGAGGCGUCACUCAGAGAACAGGAAGUGGUCAGAGAGCAGGAGACGCCGGCCGAGGAGAUAGCACGCCUUAAAGAGGCCACACACACUGACCACUACAACAUGGACAGAGAGGUACGUAUGGAUGAGCCUCCCCUCUGAGCCUGGUUCCUCUCUAGGUUUCUUCCAUCUGAGGAGUUUUGCUGGCCGGUGUGCAUCUGCUUGUUCUUAGGCGUCUAGGCUGAAUUACUGUAAGCACUUUUUGACAAGUGCUUUAUCUGUUCUCUCUCUAGCUGUCAGUCCCUGAGAAGGUGUUGAUUCCAGAGCGUUAUGUGGAGUCAGAUCCAGAGGAGGCUCUCAGUCCAGAGCAGGAGGCUGACAAACAGAAGAAAGUGGACCGCAUCAAAGCCCUCAUCGCCAAAAACAGGUAGCUAACCCCCCACCCACCAAGACCUACUGUAUACCAUACGCUCAGCAGUACAGACCUGUUCCAUUCAGUGGUCUAACUGUAGUCUCAGGAAAUGGGGAUCAUCCAACCACAACCUCUAUCAACCUGCAAGAAGAAGAAUACUUGACCUCCAUUUAUUUUUCGAAAACAAAAAAAAAUGGAGACACGGAAGUCUGUGUGUCUUUCUGUUCUUUUCACAAUCUGUCUGAAAGGUAAUUAAUUCCAGCUGGUCAGGGUUGGUAUUUACCAGUGGACAGGGUUGGUAUUUACCAGUGGACAGGGUUAAUAUUUACCAGUGGACAGGGUUGGUAUUUACCAGUGGACAGGGUUGGUAUUUACCAGUGGACAGGGUUGGUAUUUACCAGCUGGUCAGGGUUGGUAUUUACCAGUGGACAGGGUUGGUAUUAACCAGCUGGUUAGGGUUGGUAUUUACCAGUGGACAGGGUUGGUAUUUACCAGCUGGUCAGGGUUGGUAUUUACCAGUGGACAGGGUUGGUAUUUACCAGCUGGUCAGGGUUGGUAUUUACCAGUUGACAGGGUUGGUAUUAACCAGCUGGUCAGGGUUGGUAUUUACCAGUGGACAGGGUUGGUAUUUACCAGUGGACAGGGUUGGUAUUUACCAGUGGACAGGGUUGGUAUUAACCAGCUGGUCAGGGUUGGUAUUUACCAGUGGACAGGGUUGGUAUUUACCAGUGGACAGGGUUGGUAUUUACCAGCUGGUCAGGGUUGGUAUUUACCAUUGGACAGGGUUGGUAUUAACCAGCUGGUCAGGGUUGGUAUUUACCAGUGGACAGGGUUGGUAUUAACCAGCUGGUCAGGGUUGGUAUUUACCAGCUGGUCAGGGUUGGUAUUUACCAGUGGACAGGGUUGGUAUUAACCAGCUGGUCAGGGUUGGUAUUUACCAGCUGGUCAGGGUUGGUAUUUACCAGUGGACAGGGUUUGUAUUAACCAGCUGGUCAGGGUUGGUAUUUACCAGUGGACAGGGUUGAUAUUAACCAGCUGGUCAGGGUUGGUAUUUACCAGUGGACAGGGUUGGUAUUAACCAGCUGGUCAGGGUUGGUAUUUACCAGCUGGUCAGGGUUGGUAUUUACCAGUGGACAGGGUUGGUAUUAACCAGCUGGUCAGGGUUGGUAUUUACCAGCUGGUCAGGGUUGGUAUUUACCAGUGGACAGGGUUGGUAUUAACCAGCUGGUCAGGGUUGGUAUUUACCAGUGGACAGGGUUGGUAUUUACCAGCUGGUCAGGGUUGGUAUUUACCAGUUGACAGGGUUGGUAUUAACCAGCUGGUCAGGGUUGGUAUUUACCAGUGGACAGGGUUGGUAUUUACCAGUGGACAGGGUUGGUAUUUACCAGUGGACAGGGUUGGUAUUAACCAGCUGGUCAGGGUUGGUAUUUACCAGUGGACAGGGUUGGUAUUUACCAGUGGACAGGGUUGGUAUUUACCAGCUGGUCAGGGUUGGUAUUUACCAGUGGACAGGGUUGGUAUUAACCAGCUGGUCAGGGUUGGUAUUUACCAGUGGACAGGGUUGGUAUUAACCAGCUGGUCAGGGUUGGUAUUUACCAGCUGGUCAGGGUUGGUAUUUACCAGUGGACAGGGUUGGUAUUAACCAGCUGGUCAGGGUUGGUAUUUACCAGCUGGUCAGGGUUGGUAUUUACCAGUGGACAGGGUUUGUAUUAACCAGCUGGUCAGGGUUGGUAUUUACCAGUGGACAGGGUUGAUAUUAACCAGCUGGUCAGGGUUGGUAUUUACCAGUGGACAGGGUUGGUAUUAACCAGCUGGUCAGGGUUGGUAUUUACCAGCUGGUCAGGGUUGGUAUUUACCAGUGGACAGGGUUGGUAUUAACCAGCUGGUCAGGGUUGGUAUUUACCAGCUGGUCAGGGUUGGUAUUUACCAGUGGACAGGGUUGGUAUUAACCAGCUGGUCAGGGUUGGUAUUUACCAGUGGACAGGGUUGGUAUUAACCAGCUGGACAGUUCACAGCACAUAGUGUGACCUGUGUUCCCUCCAGAUCCAGCUGUAGCUGGCUAUCAGGACAUUUAUUUGUUAGGAUAUUUGAUUUAUAAAACAUACUUUUUUUGUGUCCUGGGGUAAUUGUGUUUUGUGCAAAUGCAAUAUAUUUCUGUGUUCUGUUUCUCCAGUAUGCAGAAUGUGCUCUCUCCUCCUGAUGUGGUGCUGAGCCCUGAGGAGGAAACUGAGGAGGCCACAGUGUGUCCUAACCCUAACUCUCUCUCUCUCUCUGUCUCUGUCUCUGUCUCUGUGUCUGUCUCUGUGUCUGUCUCUGUCUCUGUCUCUCUCUCUCUGUCUCUCUCUCUGUCUGUCUCUGUCUCUCUCUCUGUCUCUGUCUUUCUCUCUGUCUCUCUCUCUGUCUCUCUCUCUGUCUCUCUCUUUGUCUCUGUCUCUCUCUGUCUCUGUCUCUGUCUCUCUCUCUGUCUCUGUCUCUCUGUCUCUGUCUCUCUCUGUCUCUGUCUCUGUCUCUGUCUCUCUGUCUCUGUCUCUGUCUCUGUCUCUGUGUCUGUCUCUGUCUCUGUCUCUGUCUCUGUGUCUGUCUCUGUGUCUGUGUCUGUCUCUCUCUCUCUCUCUCUCUCUCUCUCUCUCCCCCCCAGUAUGCAGAAUGUGCUCUCUCCUCCUGGUCCAGAGAAGGAGGAUGAGGAGGAGGCCACAGCUCAGGAUCAGGAGAAAAUGAUCAACAUAUCCUAUGAACUGGCUGCUGAGGCCUCCAAACGCAGCAAGCUGGUGGCAGGUACAGUACAGCACAGUAUAACAGUACAGCACAGGAUCAUAAAGGACAGGAUAGUUUAGUACAGCACAGUGUAACAUUACAGAACAGUACACCACUGUACACUACACUACAGUACAGUACAGUAUUGUAUAGAACAUUCUACAACAUCUCCUACGACCACUAGCCAGCCCCCGCCCAGUACCCUGCCCUGAACUUCAGUCACUGUCACUAGCCGGCUACCACCCUGUUAAUCUACCAUACACCUUAGUGGCUGCUGCCCUAUGUACAGUUGAAGUCGGAAGUUUACAUACACUUAGGUUGGAGUCAUUAAAACUUGUUUUUCAACCACUCCACAAAUUUGUUGUUAACAAACUAUAGUUUUGGCAAGUCGGUUAGGACAUCUACUUUGUGCAUGACACAAGUAAUUUUUCCAACAAUUGUUUACAGACAGAUUAUUUCACUGUAUCACAAUUCCAGUGGGUCAGAAGUUUAUAUACACUAAGUUGACUGUGCCUUUAAACAGCUUGGAAAAUUCCAGAAAAUCAUGGCUUUAGAAGCUUCUGAUAGGCUAAUUGACAUCAUUUUAGUCAAUUGGAGGUGUACCUGUGGAUGUAUUUCAAGGCAUACCUUCAAACUCAGUGCCUCUUUGCUUGACAUCAUAGGAAAAAAUCAAAAGAAAUCAGCCAAGACCUCAGAAAAAAAAUGGUAGACCUCCACAAGUCUGGUUCAUCAUUGGGUGCAAUUUCCAAACACCUGAAGGUACCAUGUUCAUCUGUACAAACAAUAUAAACACCAUGGGACCACGCAGCCGUCACACCGCUCAGGAAGGAGAUGCGUUCUGUCUCCUAGAGAUGAACAUACUUUGGUGCGAAAAGUGCAAAUCAAUCUCAGAACAACAGCAAAGGACCUUGUGAAGAUGCUGGAAGGAACAGGUACAAAAGUAUCUAUAUCCACAGUAAAACGAGUCCUAUAUCGACAUAACCUGAAAGGCCGCCCAGCAAGGAAGAAGCCACUGCUUCAAAACCGCCAUUAAAUAAGCCAGACUACGGUUUGCAACUGCAUAUGGGGACAAAUAUCGUACUUUUUGGAGAAAUGUCCUCUGGUCUGAUGAAACAAAAAUAGAACUGUUUGGCCAUAAUGACCAUCAUUAUGUUUGGAGGAAAAAGGGGGUGCUUGCAAGCCGAAGAACACCAUCCCAACCGUGAAGCACGCUGGUGGCAGCAUCAUGCUGUGGGGGUGCUUUGCUGCAGGAGGGACUGGUGCACUUCACAAAAUAGAUGGCAUCAUGAAGAAGGAAAAUUAUGUGGAUAUAUUGAAGCAACAUCUCGACAUCAGUCCGGAAGUUAAAGCUUGGUCGCGAAUGGGUCUUCCAAAUGGACAAUGAUCCAAAGCAUACUUCCAAAGUUGUGGCAAAAUGACUUAAGGACAACAAAGUCAAGGUAUUGGAGUGGCCAUCACAAAGCCCUGACCUCAAUCCUAUAGAACGUUUGUGGGUGUCACGGAUUCUGCCGAGACUGCUCCUCCUCCUGGUUCGGGCAGGCUUCGGCGUUCGCCGUCCCCGGAGUACUAGCUGCUACCGCGCCAUGUUUCUUGGUGUGAUUGCUUUCGUCUGUCUUUUACACCUGUGUCCGUUUGUGUGCUGAUUACUUGUCCUAUAAGUUCCUUGUUUUGCUUAGGUUAGAUUGUGUGUUGUUUUUCGCCUGUCCGUUGUGCUGCGUGUUUUGUACCUGUUUUCUUGUUUAUUUGUGUUACGCACAGUUUGCGUAUUUUGCUCGCCUCUGUUUAUUGUUGAGGCCGUUCUCUGUAUUUCUGCCUAUUGGUAAACUUCAGUAAACUUUGUUGGACUAGCUUCGGUGUCCUGCGCCUGACUUCCACACACCUUACACCUCAGUCCUUGACAGUGGGCAGAACUGAAAAAGCGUAUGCGAGCAAGGAGGCCUACAAACCUGACUCAGUUACACCAGCUCUGUCAGGAGGAAUGGGCCAAAAUUCACCAAACUUAUUGUGGGAAGCUUGUGGAAGGCUACCCGAAACGUUUGACCCAAGUUAAACAAUUUAAAGGCAAUGCUACCAAAUACUAAUUGAGUGUAUGUAAACUUCUGACCCACUGGGAAUGUGAUGAAAGAAAUAAAAGCUGAAAUAAAGCUGGGGCGGCAGGUAGCUUAGUGGUUAAGAGCGUUGUGCCAGUAAUCGAAAGGUCGCUGGUUCUAAUCCCUGAGCCGACUAGGUGAAAAAUCUGUCGAUGUGCCCUUGAGCAAGGCACUUAACCCUAAUUGCUCCUGUAAGUCGCUCUGGAUAAGAGUGUCUGCUAAAUGUAAAUAAAUCAUUCUCUCUACUAUUAUUCUGACAUUUCACAUUCUUAAAAUAAAGUGGUGAUCCUAACUGACCUAAGACAGGGAAUUUUUACUAGGAUUAAAUGUCAGGAAUUGUGAAAAACUGAGUUGAAAUGUAUUUGGCUAAGUUGUAUGUAAACUUCCGACUUCAACUGUAUACAGUCAUGGAACAGGUCACUUUAAUAAUGUUAACUAUUGCUGUACAUAUACUAUUAUUCAGAUACUGUAUACUACAUAUUAUAAACUGGGUGGUUCGAGCCCUGAAUGCUGAUUGGCUGACAGCCGUGGUAUAUCAGACCGUAUACCACGGGUAUGACAAAACACAGUUUAUAAUAGCAAUAAGGCACCUCUGGGGUUUGUGGUAUAUGGCCAAUAUACCACGGCUAAGGGCUGUAUCCAGGCACUCCGCAUUGCGUGGUGCUUAAGAACAUCCCUUAGCCGUGGUAUAUUGGCCAUAUACCACACCCCCUCAGGCCUUAUUACUUAAUUAUAACCAUAUACUGUCCAUAUUGUAUAUACAGCCCAUCACAUAUUUAUAUAUAUUUAUAUUUAUACUCCGGACUCCGACAUUGCUCGUCCUAAUAUUUCUAUAUUUCUUAAUUCCAUUCUUUUACUUUUAGAUUAGUCAAUCAAUGAAAUUGUAUUUAUAAAGCACUUUUUACAUAAGCAGAUGUUACAAAGUGCUGUACAGAAACCCAGCCUAAAACCCCAAACAGCAAGCAAUGUAGAAGCACGGUGGCUAGGAAAAACUCCCUAGAAAGGCAGAAACCUAGGAAGAAACCUAGAAGAACCAGGGUCUGAUGGGUGGCCAGUCCCCUUCUGGCUGUGCCGGGUGGAGAUUAUAUCAGUACAUGGCCAUUAAGGCCAGAUUUUUCUCCAAGAUGUUCAAACAUUCAUAGAUGACCAGCAGGGUCAAAUAAUAAUCACAGUGGUUGUAGAGGUUGCAACAGGUCAGUACAUCAGGAGUAAAUGUCACUUGGCUUUUCAUAGCCGGGCAUUUAGAGGUUGAAAUAGCAGGUGCGGUAGAGAGAGAGAGAGAGAGUUGAAAACAGCAGGUCUGGGACAGGGUAGCACGUCCGGUGAACAGGUCAGGGUUCCAUAGCCGCAGACAGAAGAGUUGAAACUGGAGCAACAGCACGACCAGGUGGACUGGGGACAGCAAGGAGUCAUCAGGCCAGGUAGUCCUGAGGCAUGGUCCUAGGGCUCAGGUCCUCCGGGAGGGGAGGGAGAGAGGGAGUAUAUAGUGUGUAUUGUUGUGUAUUGUUAGAUAUUACUGCACUGUUGGAGCUAGAAACACAAGCAUUUCGCUACACCCGCAAUAACAUCUGCUAAAUAUGUGUGUGACCAAUACAAUUUGAUUUGAUUUGGAGCUGGUUGCCGAGGCAUCCAGACACACAACAUAGGACAAGACAGGAGAAGAACAACACAGCUUAGUUAACUUAUUUGUCACAUUUUGUUCAAAUUAUGCAAUCAAUUCAUGCUGCUUGUAUGGCUUCAUAUUUCCUUCAUCGAAUGUUAUAUGCCACAGGAUAUAACAUUGAUUUAUUCACAUGACAUAACAUGCAUAACAGUAUAUAUUUGUUUAUUUGAUUUACAUCAUUGAUUUGCUUGACUUGUUUUGUCAUUCAUUAACUUUUGUUGUUGUUGUUGAAAGAAUGAAAUAAGUAAUGUACACAACUUGUUUGUUUUGUGUGUGUGUGUGUGUGUGUGUGUGUGUGUGUGUGUGUGUGUGUGUGUGUGUGUGUGUGUGUGUGUGUGUGUGACCAUGUCGUGUGGUGUGUGUUCAUGUACGUGGUGUGCGUCCUGUGUGGUUUGCAGUGCGCAGCUUGUCGUCCUCCUCACCUCCUCCUGACCCCCAACCCUCCUCAUCUCCACCUCCUAACACACAGCCACCCCCCCAGCUCACUGACGGCUCCCACUUCAUGUGUGUGUAGUAGCAGCAGCAGUAAGUGUGUGUAGGAACGCCCGUAAGAGCCUCUCCUCUCUGUUCGGCCUCUCCUCUCUGUUCGGCCUCUCCUCUCUGUUCGGCCUCUCCUCUCUGUUCGGCCUCUCCUCUCUGUUCGGCCUCUCCUCUCUGUUCGGCCUCUCCUCUCUGUUCGGCCUCUCCUCUCUGUUCGGCCUCUCCUCUCUGUUCGGCCUCUCCUCUCUGUUCGGCCUCUCCUCUCUGUUCGGCCUCUCCUCUCUGUUCGGCCUCUCCUCUCUGUUCGGCCUCUCCUCUCUCGUUCUCUCUCUCCAUCUCCCUCACACUUUCUCACUCUGUCUUCCUCUCUCGUUAUUUCUCUCUCUCCAUCUCCCUCACACUUUCUCACUCUGUCUUCCUCGCUCUCUCUCCUUUUUAAAAAUCCCUUUCUUUCUUUCUUUCUUUCUUUCUUUCUCUUUUUAGCCCUGGCCUCAGUGAAGACCUACACGUGAGAGAUGUGUCAAAGGAGAGUUGAGGCUCCCGCUUAUUAUGAAGAAGACCUCUACCCUAGGACAUGACACACCCAGCACAAAAUCCAACAGAAGUGGACUGACUGACAGACUGAUGGCCCGUUAGACCACGCCAUGCUCUGGACCUUACGUGCUCUCUGUUCAAUCUAUACCUUACUAUGACAUCACAUCCUCCUGUGCCAUGACGUCAAUUCAUGUUGCCACAUUGCCUCCCUCUGUCAUCCCCUCCCUUUAACAUCACCACCACUUUCCCUUCAUCUCCCCCCUCACCUACUCUCUAUGGUAUCACCCUUCCUCU